AUGGAUCUUAGUCUCCUUCCCCUCUACCAUGGCCCCAUCAAAAUCAAACUGAAACCUAGCAACCACGAAUACACGAUCUCUAAAGAUCUGCUUUGCGCAGAGUUGCCGGUGUUCUCAGCAAUGUUCAAAGGUCACUUCCUGGAGUCCCAGACGAUGGAAGUAGAGCUAGAAGAACUGGAAGAUGUCGUCACUUCACAAAGUGUACAAGCACUCAUUCAAUGGCUUUACCUUCGCGUUAUCGAAUUUGACAUUGAAGUUGGAGGCCCCCAGGAUUGCAUUACAGCUGCAGUGGAACUCGCAAGACUCGCGGAUAUGUAUGCGAUUACCAGACUCGAAUUCAAACUGGCAAAAUACAUCAAGAACAUCAUUAUUGAAUGGAAUGACCCUGAGGUCCUCAAUGCUAACCCAACGGCAUAUAUUGACCACAAUACACUAUGUCUGAAAGCUGAGCACAUCAUCUCCGCAACUCACUUGCAUCGAGACCAUCCAGUGCGACAAAUUUUAGCUGGAGCCUGUGCAACAGGGUUUCUCCAGACCUAUCCGAGCAAAUUCCAUGGAUUGAUUCAGGAGUACCCUUCCUUUGGAGCCGAUUUGCUUCUUGAAGUCAGAGCUGCAUUGUGCAGUGGACGUUUCGAAGACCGCAUCAGUGAGGAGGCAUUAGAUCACUCUUUCCGUGGUGCGUAG